AUACUUGAUUAUAAAAAUAUUGCUCUAAAAAAAGAUGCUAUUAAUAAUAAUAAACCUAAAAUAAAAAAAAAAAGGAAAAAAAACAAAAAACAACCGCAACAAGUUAAUGGGAAUGAUACACAGAACAAAAAAGUUGUUAAAAUGACAUCUAUGCCUCAACAUGAUCAAACCAAAGGAUUAAAAAGAAAAAAUGAAACAAGCACCGAAGUUCAGGAACAAUUGGACAUGGACCAACAUUUACAAGAAGUGUGGAAAGAAUAUGGAAAUUCAGUACAGAAGAGAAAAGAGGAAAAUACGUUAAAGCAGAGGAUGAUGAAUUUACUGAAUCCAUCAAGAUUUAGAUAUAUGAAUGAAGUUCUGAAUAAUAAUACUAGUACAGAAUCUAAAAAAUUAUUUCAGAAAAACCCUAAAUCUUUUAUAAACUACCAUGAGACCUAUAAGCUACAAACUGUGCGUUGGGCCUUAAAUCCAUUAGAUGUCAUAAUUGAUUCGAUUAAUAAGAUGCCUAAAAAUUAUAUAAUAGCUGAUUUUGGAUGUGGCGAUGCAACACUUGCUGAGUCAAUUCAGCAGAAGACACAUUCAUUUGAUUUUGUUUCUUUGAAUGACAGAGUAAUAGCUUGCGACAUGGCUCAUACACCGCUUUUAAGAGACAGCGUACACGUUGUUGUGUUCUGUUUGUCUUUAAUGGGAUCAAAUCUAUCUGAUUAUAUACUCGAAGCAAAUAGAGUUCUUAAAAAGGAUGGUAUUUUGAAAAUUGCUGAAGUUGAAAGUCGAUUUGAUAAUAUUGAUGAGUUUAUUAAACUAUUAAAGAUUUAUGGUUUUUCUAAUACUUGGAAGGACUUAUCGAAGAAUUUAUUUUACUUUUUAGAUUUUCAAAAAAUCCAAGAUAUUACUACUACUAGUAAAAAAAAUAAGCUGCCCAAAAUUACCUUAAAAUCAUGUUUAUACAAAAAGCGUUAAAAUAGAUAUAAUAUGACAAUUAUAUACAUUGCUUCCUAUCAAAUAAAUUCCAUACAAAUUUUU